UGCCCAGUAGUUAUCAGUCUGAAAGCACUCUCAGCAGUCAGCCAAAAAUUGUGGCAUAUAUUUUUGGAUUCAAAUUCGGAUGGCAAAACAUGCAGGUGCACUGUUGAAAACCGGCUAAAUACAAGAGUACGAGCGAGCAGACUAGGACAUAAUGGAGAUGCAUCUGGGAGCAACGCUGCAUGUGUACAAGGGGGAGUACGGACUGCCGUCCAUAGAUUUUGAAUGUUUACGUGCUCUGUGCCUCCUGCGAUUCACCCGCUGUCCCAUGGACGUGCAGACCAGCUCCAAUCCCCUGCGCUCAGGUGCCGGAAAACUGCCCUAUCUGCAGAUCGGCAACCAGAAGUUCGCGGGCUAUAGGCAAAUUAAGCGCGUGCUGGAUCUCGAGGGUUACCCGAUAGAUGCGCAUUUAAGCACUAAACAAAAGCAUUUGUCCACCGCCUACGCGAACUGGGUGUUCACCAAUCUGCAUGCCUACUACCACUACUUCCUGUACGGAGAACCCCACAAUUUUGACACUACCACGAGGGGUCUCUACGCCAAGCGCACGCCAUUCCCCUUCAACUUCUACUACCCGUCGUCCUAUCAAAGGGAAGCUUGCGACGUGGUCCAAGUGAUGGCCGGUUUCGAUGUGAACGACAAGUUGGACAAGCACGAAGGCGACUACCUUGUUGUCAAUGCCAAGAAGGUAGUUAAUCUGUUGUCCAGUAAAUUGGGUCGCAAGGUAUGGUUCUUCGGCGACACCUACAGCGAGUUUGAUGCCAUCGUCUACAGCUAUCUCGCCAUCAUCUUUAAGAUCGCACUGCCCAACAAUCCACUGCAGAAUCACAUUAAGGGCUGCCAGAACCUAGUAAACUUUAUCAACCGCAUCACGAAGGACAUAUUCCGCAACGAGGGUUACAGUUCCGUCAAACUCACAAAGACACCCAGUGGCACGGAGGCAAGUUUGACGGCUUCGGAGCGCAAGUUCCUGGAUUCUGAGCUCAACACCAAAAUAGUGGCCGGCGUGGGAGCAGUGUUGGCCAUGGGAGCGUUUGCGGCAUGGCGUGGGAUUUACAACCAGUUCUGGUUCAAUGUCUUUGUUUGGCUCCAGACACUCAUGUAGACUACAACCUGAGCAGGUGCAAAAUUCUCAGUUAAUUGCAAAUUCCGAUUGCUUCAUCCCUUGCAGCUAACGACACGCUCUUCGACGGACUAUGAUGGCAUAGAUUACGAAGAUGACGAGAUGGAGGAGGGCCUAGACUAAUCGCAUCUCUGCAACGAUAUCUACGUGUAUAGUAUAUAUAUUAAAAUACAAUGUGGGGAUGAAGCACAAAAA